GCCAUCCUCGUGUCCCGUCCUAGACGCGUCCUUGUCAUCUGUGCACCGUCCUGACCGACACUUCGCACCCCAUGCUUCAUAUAUCUCGGAGCCAGUCCUUGCCGGACUGACUGACCUGGCGUGGAGACGAGAUCAUGUUCAGCAUGGCCGGACUUAUCCUGGCCUACGCGGCGCUGUUCAGCUGCCAGCAUGCGUUCAUGGCCUCUGCCUCCCAUCUCGACGCCCGCAGCGACCUGCACUUCCCGCUUCAUGCCAGAGGGACGAACACGGAUGGUUCGGUCCCCGUGUACAAGGACCCCGACGCGUCCAUCGAGGACCGCAUCAACGACCUGCUGCCGCGGAUGACGUUGGAGGAGAAGGUGUCGCAGCUGAUCCAGGGCGACAUCGACGGCUGGAUGAACAUGACGGACCCGCUCGACGACACGCUCGCCUUCAACGCGACCGGGCUCGCGCAGACGAUGGCGCAGAUGGGCGGCGCGAUCUGGGCGGGGUACCUCGCGCCGUGGGACAAGAUCGUGUUCGCGAUCACCGUCGGGCAGCGGUACCUCAUGGAGAACACCACGCUCGGCAUCCCGGCCGUGUUCCAGACCGAAGGGCUGCAUGGCUUCACGGACAACGGCACCAUCUGGCCGUCGCCCAUCGGCCUCGCCGCGUCGUUCAACCCCGGCCUGCUCCAGCAGGCCGCCGCGACGAUCGCAACCGAAGCAGAAGGGCUCGGGUACGGCCAGGCGUUUGCACCGGUGCUCGACCUCUCUCGCGAGCUGCGAUGGGGACGGGUCGAGGAGAACUACGGCGAAGACCCGUUCCUGACGGGGGAGAUGGGCAACGCGUACGUUACCGGCCUCCAGACGGGACGCAGACGCAACACGAGCUCGACUGCCGUGGCGCGCAUGGCCGCCACUUGCAAGCACUUUGCUGCCUUUGGAAGCCCGCAGGGUGGCUUGAACAUCGCUCAGGUCUCUGGCGGAGAGCGAGAACUCCGCACCAUGUACCUGAAGCCUUUCAACCGCGCCUGCGUGAACAGCUUGUCGAUCAUGACUGCGUACUCCAGCUACGACGGCAUACCAGCCACGGCGAACACACAUCUUCUCACCGAUAUACUUCGCAACGAAUGGGGCUACCAGUACUUUGUGACGUCCGACGCCGGAUCUCUCGACCUGCUGAUUACGACGCACGGCACCUGUGCCGAUCGAGAGUGCGCCGCAAGAACAGGCGUGGAGAACUACAGCGGCGAGAUGGGUGGCGGCUCAUACACAUACCUCACUCUUCCUGAUCAGGUCAGAGCGGGAAACAUCAGCGUCAGCUACAUUGACGACACUGUGAAGACCAUCCUCCGCACAAAGUUCUCCCUGGGCUUGUUUGAGAACCCGUACCCGUAUGAUGACUACCGGGAGACGCUGCGCACCUCGCAGACGAGGGAACUGUUGCAUCAGAUGGAACAGGAGACGAUUGUACUCUUGGAGAAUCACAACAACAUUCUGCCUCUAAGCAAGGACAUCAGUUCCGUCGCACUGAUAGGACCUCAAGCCGACCGUGUCACGUUCGGAGACUACGUCUUCUUCAACGCCUCGUUGAACGGCAUCAGCCCGCUCGCCGGCUUCACGCAGCUGCUCGCCAACAGCUCGGUGCAGAUCAACUAUGCCGAGGGCUGCGAGCUCUGGUCGAACGACGAGUCGGGCUUCGCCGCCGCCGUCGCUGCCGCGGAGCAGUCCGACGUCGCGGUUGUCAUGGUCGGCACCUGGUCCCUCGACCAGACGCUGCUCUGGACGCCGGGCACGAACGCGACGACGGGCGAGCACGUCGACCUCUCCGACCUCGGCCUCGUCGGCGCGCAGCUCGCGCUCGUGCAGGCCGUCAAGGCCGCCGGCAAGCCGACCGUCGUCGUGCUCGUGAGCGGCAAGCCGGUCGCGGAGCCGUGGAUCCAGACCCACGCGGACGCGGUCAUCCAGCAGUUCUACCCGGGCGAACUCGGCGGGCUCGCACUUGCGGAGGUCGUGUUUGGCGACGUCAACCCAUCAGGAAAGUUACCGGUGUCGUUCCCGCACAGCGUCGGGACCACGCCGGUGUUCUACAAUUACAUCAAGGGCAGUCGGCCCGUUGAUCCGGGCAUGGUGUUCGACGAUGGAACGCUGCUGUUCGGGCAUCAGUACGUCCUAGACACCCCGGUACCGCUGUGGAGCUUCGGGCACGGCCUCAGCUAUACUACAUUCAACUACACCGAUUUGCAGCUGUCGAACAACCUCGUAAGCACCAGCGACAACUUUACCGUGUCUGUGACAGUGCACAACACCGGCAGCGUCGACGGCAAGGAGGUUGUACAGGUGUACGCGACUGAUCUUGUCAGUUCGGUCGCCACGCCAAACCAGCAACUGGUCGGUUUUCAGAAGGUCGACCUCCCCGCUGGUUCUUCACAGACGGUCAGCAUCCCCGUUUCGUUGGAGCAGCUGGCGGUGUGGAACGUCAAAAACACAUGGGCAGUCGAACCUGGGCAGUUCCUCAUCAAAGUGGGAACGAGCGACCAGUCAUUCUUGAGCAUGAAUUUGACUGUGACUUAGUUUGCAAACGAAUACAUUCCUAACUACUGCUUUAUAACAU